CACCCAUUUAGCAUCUACCCCUCACAUGAACAUGCAAUAGAGACCCGUCUAUACGUCGAGCCUGAAACGUACACGAUCUCGAGACAACAGAGGCAGGAGCCGUUCAGCCAGUCAAACAGCCGAACAGACAACACUUCGACCAUGACUCAACUCUACCGAGAUCCCUGGGCCAAGCGGGAGGCAUGGCGAAAGUCCCCCAUCUUCCAGAACAAGUCCAUGUUCAGGAACCUCUUUCCCGGUUUCGGAUGGGGUCUAGGAGCUUUCACCCUCUACGUUAUCUACGACGACUUUAUCGCUGCCAAGAAGCCCUCAAGUCAUCAUUAGGUCGAGAUUUCGGGAAU